UACACGCAAUAAUGGCCGCCAUCAUCGCCCCCUCCGCCGUCCUCGCCCCCCGCGUCGUCGCCUCCAAGGCGCGCGCGGCGCGCACGCUCAAGGCGUCCUCCUUCAAGGGCGCGAAGGUCGCUCCCAAGACGACGUUCACGCGCUCCAAGGUCUCCACCAUGGCGGUCGCGGACUCCAAGAUCAACGCGGACGAGGUCCUCAAGACGAUCUCCGACAAGUGGGAAGACACCGAGAACAAGUCCACGGUGAUCACGUACGUCGCCGGCGCCGCCGCGGUCGUCUGGCUCAGCGGCACCGUCGUCGGCGCCAUCAACUCGAUCCCGAUUCUCCCGAAGGUCAUGGAGCUCGUCGGGCUCGGGUACUCGUCCUGGUUCGUGUACCGGUACGUCCUGUACAAGGACUCCCGCAAGGAGCUUCUGGAGCAGUUCGACGCGCUCAAGGAUAAGGUCUCCGGCGAGUUCUGAUCGGUCGGAGAUCGCCGCGGGCGCGUACGCGGCUACGAUGAGCACUAGCCGCUCGACUUCGCAAAAGGAAAGAUCGCUGUAUGAAUAAACGAACGAAGCUAAAAGUUAAUACGUAC